CAGGAGUAAGCAAAAGCUAGAUAUUCCUAACCAAGGAAGACAUCACAGAUAUAUUCAGAGAGAAAGAAUCACCAUGGAACAGUGGCGACAUCUCUGAACAUCGUCUCUAUCCCAUCUUCGUUGCUGUAGAACACCGUCUCCUCAUCCAAACUCCUCUUCUCCUCCUCCACCUUCAACCGUUUCCUUCUCAUAUCCUUCAGCUGGGCUUUUAAAACGGCAAGCCUUUCUCUUCUCUGGGAUGCGGCUUUCUCGGACGAUUCAUAGGAUAGGGUAAUGAGUUUCUGCAGCCUGUCACGCAAGAACCGGACCUCCAUUCCCAGACACUCGAACCCUUUAAGGGUUGCAUCCCAUGCUUCCAAAUGCUGGCGACCCGGAUCCUCUAUGAGCCUCGAAGCUCUAAUGCCGUCUGCUAUGUUCACAAUCUCCGAGAUGAUACCGGAAAUGAGCAUGCAGUUAAGGCCUUCAAUGAGGCGUUGGUGGAGAUAUGAUUUGCGGGUGCGGCAGAGAUGAAAGUACUUCUCCCUCACAUCUCUUGGGAACUCCGAGUCGAUGAUUAACCCAUUGGCUAAGAUGUGGAAGCUUCUGAAGUCUUUCACCUGUGAGAAGUCAGGAGCAGAUUCUGCAAAUCUGAGCCCACUGCUACUGUUUUCAUCAGCGCUGGCGGACAAGUGAGAUGGUGACAUCGACGGCUCAUUUCCAUCUUCCAUCUUCCCGUGCCUGGUAAGUAGCAAGCACGCCUGCUGGUUUUCUGCAACCAUUAAAACAAGUUUUUUGGGCGUUCUUUGCACAUUGCUUUUCUGAUCUUGUAAUAAUUAAAGUAAAAAGGGAGACAUAUUACCAGUUGAUGUUGGUUGAUGACUUAAAUGUAAUAAGCUAAUGGCUGCAGAGUUAAUGUUUGUUGAGGCCAUUUCUUUGACAAUGUACACCUGAAAGAGGAAAUAAAGAAAGACACUGGGGGUGGGAUGAGUGACCUGAAACUUGCAAGGCUGCAAAAGGUGAAAAACUAAAGCAUCUCCCGGAACUAAAUUGUGGGAGAUAGAAAAGCCUCUCCAUCCUGCGCUCAGACCGCACCUGUCAUAUAGUUGAAUUCUUGUCAACACUGGUGUACUUCCUCCUAAUAACCCCAGCCUCCUGCUCAAAUGAUUCCAAGCAGUAAACAUUCCACAAAAAAUGUUUAAAAAACUGAUGUGAAAGUGUCAACAUUGCACAAGAGGAACAUCAAGAAGUAUUAUUUAAGGAAUUUUUUUAAUAUUGUUAUUAGUAUUAAAAUUAUUGUUGUUGUCCUUAUGAGCUAGUUUCUUAAUAAUUUAAAUUAGUAUGAGAUGUAUGCUUGAUAUUGAACUUGUAAAAGUAGUAAGGAUGAUUGUAAGCAAUAAGUGUGAGCAAAUUUGGUAUGAAACAAUUUGUUUCCUUUUUUAACCAAAAAAGUUAACUUAGUUGAUGGAGUCAGUUUUAGAAUGUAUGAUUUGAUGUUCCAAUUAACAUCUCUGAAUUAUAAUAGUGUAUGCAAAGUUAACUUAGUAUAUCUUAAAUGAUUACUCCCUCCGGUCCUAAAUGAAAUUCACACUUACUAUUCAUUAGUCAACUUAAAUCACUCUUAAUGUUUUAUUUUAUAUAUCAAAUUUAAAUUUUCUUGAUCAGACUUUGUAGCGGUUUUAAUGUAGUUUCUAAAUAUGUAAAUUUUAUUUGCUAAAAAUAAUCCGAGCGUGAACAGGGAUCGAGUUGCUUUAUCGUCGUAAACCGUGAGUGAAUUUCUUUUGGGACCGGAGGGAGUAUAUGAUAUCAGUAUUAUUGAAAUAUUUUAAAACUUGUUGAUCGAAAUAAAAUCCAAAGAAUAUUCUAAGUAGUCUUAAAAUGUGAUGUGUUUUUACUUGGAAGUUGGAACAUCUAAUUAUAUCUUCUAAAUUUAAAUGCAUUGAUUGGGUUAAUUUCGUUUCCUUAAAUGAAGGAGGAAAGAAAAAAGAUUUUUUUAAAGUUUUUCGUGACAGAAGAGAACUGUUAGUGGGUAUGUGUAUAAGGCACUCAGACCUAAAUGGUGUAUCUAAGAUUCUUAGUAAUCUUAUUGUAAAAUUUGAACCUUUUCACCACACGAGCUAUCUUUCGCUCUUCGCCCUUUGACUAGAGCCAUAGUGCAAUAAUCAAGUAAACAUGUAAGUAUAGAAUUCAGACAAGAACAAGAUGUACAAUGUGAACACCUUAUUUUAUGUUUCCAAAGCAUCUGGUCAUAGACAUUUAAGUGUUUGAUACAAUUCAAUGAAGAACUAGAAGUAAAUUUAGCUAAGACAUCUUAUUUUAUGACACCAGUGAAGCACUCUGAGGUAUCUAGUUAUCAACUAUGAAGACACUAUAAUGGUUCAAGGAACAGAAGUGCAAUUCAAAAAAUAACUAAGAUACACUACUGAUGAACUAGUUUAUUUACCUUGACUGCCGCUUUACCUUUCUUGUGAGAAGAAGACCUCUUGAGCUGCUUCUUAAUGAUAUUCAUCUUUUCAAUCUGUAAGCAUCUCAAAAACGAAAACCAAAUUAAGUUAAAUAAGUAACAGAAUUUGGGCCCCAAAUAUUCUGGUCUGACACUUUAUAAAGUUGAAAUUACAACAUGAAGAACUAGCAAAUGAGUAUCUUUUAAGUGUCCCUAUGUUGAAUUAGCUGAUAGGUUGGAGGAUUAGAAAUUCAUAAGGAUUUAUGAAACUAAGUACUAUAUGAUAAAUAGAUUCAUGUCAAAUGAUUUGAUUGAUCUACCAACAAAAGCUCCAAUUGGAAUCUUAAUUCUUAAUUAAGCUAAGUAAUCAAUGCAUAUCUUAUACAUUGAAGUUUCAUUCUUCUAGAGGAACAAGCAGCCUCUGAUCUUCAUUUGGUUCUCUAGAUUUCUAUGGUUCAAUUCCAUGCUUUCAUUUUCCAUUUUAUGUUUUUACCUUUACAAGUUAUUUUUCAUUUUCCAUAUGUUUCCCUAUUCUUUUCUCAAGUUUUCGCUUUCCAAAUCACCAUGAUGUUCACUUGUUUCUUAUAUCUUUUCUACUACUUUAGUUUAAGAGAUAACAUUGUCAGACAGAACACAUAGAAAAUCUGAAAACCCUAGGAAUGAUAUUUGAAAUCUGGUUUCUCAAAAUGAACAGAUCUAGCCAUUCAAAAACGUUUGUUUAAAGAUUUAAUUAAAAAGAACCUAUUAAAGUAGUAUCAGAAGUAGUUCAUACUAAAUUUUGUAAAACUACCUUUCAAUGAAUUUUAGAACAAAACCAAAUGAGGACCUUGGGGAGUUUGUUGUAGAGAAUCGGAUCUUCAAAGCUCGACCUUGACCACCUUGUAUCUGGGAUGAAAUUUGCAAUGACAGCUAUGGAGUACCUAACCUUAAUUUCUGAUAUUCUGGACAAAGUGAGGAGAGAACGAGAGCGAGAGUGAGUGCAAUAGCAAAAGCAAAAGAAGGAUAUAGAGAGAUAGAGAGAGCGAGAGAGAUAGCGAGAGUGAGAGAGUGAGAGGUAGAGCGAGAGAGAUUGAGAGAGCGAGAAUGAGAGAGAUUGAGAGAGCGAGAACGAGAGAGAUAGAGAGAGAGAGCAAGAACAAGAGAGAUAGCGAGAGAGAAAGAAUGAGAGAGAUAGUGAGAGAGCAAGAACGAGAGAGAGAGAGAACUAGAGAGAUAGCAAAGGAGGGAGCAUGAGAGUGAGAACGAGAAAGAUAGAGAGAGCGAGAUAGAGAGAUAGAGAUUUUGAAGUACAAAAACAAGAAAAAUUAGCGAGUAGCAGAAAUUAGUGUGUGUAUUCCUUUUAAUUUUUAUACCGCCGAACCGUGUAAUAUAGCACAAUGUGUUAACUGUUUCGCACAGUUUACUGAGUGGCAAAAUACAAUUCUCCAUAUUUGGAGAUAUGGGACAUUCCACAAUCAUUUUUAAUUCUUCUUAUUAUGGAAAACAAUAAUGUCUUAUCAGUUUUCUAAUUUUGUUUCCAAUUCUCCUGAAAAAAUAAAGAAUAUUUUAUGUUUAAUUAGUAAAGUCCUCUUGUCUCUACAAGUGUAAAGUCAAUUGCAAAUUUUGUCCCUUGCUUUUUAUACCCAAUUUCUUUUUGCAAAUUCUUUCAGAAAACACAAACAAAAUUAGUGCCAAUAUUUUUAAACUUGUAGUAUCUAUUAUUAUUAAUUAUUAUUAUUAAGCUCUAAAAGCUUAUUUUCAUGCAUGGAGUGAGUAACAUAACACACCAAAUAGGGAGAGGUUUUCCUUAAAUGCAUGCAUUAAAAUAAAAUAUAUGGACAAGAAUUUGAUUAAAGGUACCAUCAUAAUCAUUCUAAUGUAAAGAAGAACAUAAUCAUGAUCACUAAUACCAAAGUAAUAUACAAAAAUAGGACUUUUAAUACUUUAGUGAUUAUAAUAACUUUAGUGACCAUGAUUAUUGUCAAUUUUACAUUACAGUAACUAUGAUGGUAUAAUAAUAGUAACUUUAAUCACAUUCUUGUUCACGUGUUUUAUUUCAAUAGUAAUCAAGGAAAAAACUCUUGUUAUUACCUUGAAUUGAAUAUAUAAUGAACAAGAGAAAUCCAAGGGAUCUGUAAACUGCCAUAAAAUUAAAAUGUAUUUGAAUAUUCUGAUUUAUUUGUAGGGGUGGAUCUGGUCCUAGUUAUGGAACAGAAUGGGACAGGGUAAUUACAGCAUUUUUACAAUUCCAGACAAAAAAACUGGUCUACUACCAGUUUAGGUUCCUCCAAAAUAAGCCCAAACCAGUUAAGGUUUCAAUUUUUUGAAACAGGCUAAAACCUGUGAGGAAUAGGACCACAAUGGGAACAGUGGGAAUGGAGUUGACCAUCUUUUCCAGUCUCACUUACAGGUAGCACAAAUGUUGGACCCAGAACCAGACCUGUUCGGCUGUUCCAUCCCUACUUAACUGUCUGUAGUAUGGUGUCUUCAAUUGAUAAAAGCUCUUCAAAGGGCAACAUGCAGCAUGGCAUCAAGAACCACAUACAGACGAUCCACACUCCUCAUUCCCACCACAAACGGAUGAAAGCACUCUAGUGAUCAGUUCAGAGCAGCCAACGAUCUCACCCAUUCUGUUAAGUCCACCAUCCCAGGAACAAUGCCAGAAGCGCUUUUACCAAUCAACAGCUCCAACAAGAUGACUCCAAAAGCUUACACAUCACUCUUUAACGACGGGCAAGGUUUACUCGUGCUUGCAAACUCAGGUGGCUGGUGGCUCAGUGCAGUAGCAGUUAGUAUCUGCUCAGGUGUCCCUGCUGAGGUCAUUAUCCUGUGGAAGCUAUAGUCUGUGAGGAGUGUGAUGGCAGUUGAUGUUCCAACCAAGACAUUCGUGGAUUUUAGGUUUCCAUGAGGUAUGGCGAUUUCAUGGUGAGGGUAACAUAGACGCCUGGCAACAUCUACAGCGCGCAAUCUUGAGCUGAUCCGUAAGCGACAAGGCAUUUUGCGUUCUUGGGUUUUUGUCUGCCCAGUUCAAACAUUAAGCAUGUUAGAGUUUCACUUGCAAAAGUUAAUGAAAAAAUGACAGGUUUAGAAAAUGAGAAGACAUUGCAUGGGUCGAUAAAGGAUACUAUGCUAGGAUGCUUAAUGUUUCCCAAUUUCUUUACUUCCCUUGCAAAGUCCUUGCUGUUUUUGAGUAUGGUAUGGUAUUGUUCUGUCCCGUUUCAAAACGGAAUGAUACUGUUACGGAUGCAUUUUUAGGGACUUCUUUAUCGUAGGAGGAAAUAUAGGGGCCAGCGAGAAAGAUAAAUAGAAGAGUCAAGCUUGAUGUUAUCUUUAUAUUUAAUUUAGAGUUUUAUUUAGAAUAGGACUUGAUCAUGUAACGGCAGAAGGCCUAUUUAUAAUUCUUUUCAGGAAUAAUAAACAUCAUCGAUCGAUAGAAAAAUUAGUCUCCAGAAGUCACGGACUUCCCUGCACUCUUCCAGCCAUGGGCAAGAAGAGAGGAGACCCUAGCCGGCAGGUUUCAACCUUACCAGGGCACCCUGCCACCCCAAGCCAUUCUCAGCCCCAGUUUGCUAACAAUUUGGUAUCAGAGCCAUCAAGAUUCAUGGCGCCACCGCAAGGUGAUUUAGCCACUAUGAUGGAGUUUAUGGAGGCUAUGACUGCUAGGAUAACUGCCAUAGAAGGGCAGAUUGCCGCUCUAUCCCUGGCAGUCCACAAAUGGAAUUCCAAAUCAAUAGAAACACAUGAAGAGCAAGCAGAUAACAGCCUGAUAUCACACAGCACCUCGAAUCCUUGGAAGCCACAAUAUGUGAAGAUGGAAUUUCCUGUGUUUGAUGUUACCUACAAUAUGGUUGGACUCGGGUCGGGCCACCCGGCCCGUGGACCGGCCCGGCCCGUGGACCGGCCCGGCCCGCUACUGUGCAGGACCGGGACUGGCCCGGUUCUCGGGUCCGGGUCCGGGUCGGGCCUAGGCCCGGAGGGUAGGGUGGGUCCGGGCUCGGGUCUCAAAUUUGGUGAACCGGCCGGGUCGGGCCCGGGCCCGGGCCAAAUUGAUUUUUUUUAAUUUUUUUUUUCAUUUUUGGGGUUCCACCCGGGUUGGGCUUGAUGGGUAGGAUGGGUUUGGGGGGGUUUGGGAGGGUGGGGGUGAGGGGGGGUUAGGACAGCAAAAAAAAAAAAUCCAAACCAGAGGCCCGGCCCGGAUCCGGACCGGACCCGGUGGCUACCCGGGCCGGUCCCGGGUCCACCAUUCCUGAACCGCCGGCCCGCCUGAACCGCCGGCCCGCCUGGGCCUAGGCCCGACCCGGGCCUAGGCCCGACCCGGACCCGACCUGGACCCGAGUCCACCCCUGACCUACAACCCUACCAGUUGGUUGAAAAGGUGCAAAAAAGGUGAAUAUGGUCUCACACAACCCUACCGGUUGGUUGAAAAGGUGCAAAAAAAACUUCAUGAACCAAGAAACUCCUAGUGUUGCAAAUAUGAAUAUGGUCUCAUUCCACUUGCUAGACAAUGCACAACUCUGGUUCGAUCAGAUGAUAGAGGAAGAAGGAUAAGUCAACCAGGAGAGGUUUAAAGAACUCUGUCUGGAGCGCUUUGGGCCCCCUUUGAGUUCUAACCCGAUUGGAGAUCUGAAACUUCCAAUGCAGAUCGGAUCAGUUGGUGAGUAUUGUGCCCAAUUUCAGAUGGCCUUAAAAAGAACUUCAAAAAUAUAGUCCACCCAUCAGGCCAUCAGAUUGCUUUGUUUGUAGCUGGUCUCCAUCCACAGUUACGGGCUGAUGUGGUAAUAGCAAAACCAGGCAACCUGGGUUAUGCAAUGAACCUUGCAAGGACAUUGGAGGCAAGGCAAGCACUGACGCUUGCACCUGUCAAAGUUUCAGGUACUGCAACAGAUAUGAAACAAAGCAGCAGCCUGCCACAGCUGAGACAAGUGCUCAUGACAACAAGGGCAGGAAAUUCAAUUGUUAAGCGAUUACGAAGGAUGAAAUGGCAGAAAGACGAGCACAAGGGCUAUGAUAUAAUUGUGAUGAACAAUGGACGAUUAAUCACCGAUGCAAAAAGCUUUUCUUGAUCGAGAUAGAAGAUGAGGAAGAUGGCCAAUACAUAGUAGUCAAUGUAUUUUUGGAAUUUGUCCUUGCAUUUUCUUGAUUGAUCGAGAACAAAUGAACAAUGAUAUAAUUGUGAUGAACAAUGAACAAUAGUAGUCAUACUUUCAAAUUUGUCCUUGCAUUUUUGGAAGUUCCUGUUUAUUUAUUUCAGCACUUUGAGUUGUUACUAUUUAGGCAUAUACAUUGAUAAUCAAUUGCAC